AUGGAAGUGAUGAGAGAGACCACGAAAGACUACAAGGAUCGUGACUGGUAUCGUGAGACAUGGAAGGGUAGUCUACAAGCCAAAGACGGAUGGGCUAAGAUUGAUGUUGAAGGUAAAAGAAUAUACGAAUAUACAGAUAACGAGGAAAGAAACUGCAAUGAGUUACCUCUUGACAUCAUAAUGAAUGAAGCGGAAAAAGCGGGUCGGUUGCACAGCGGCGUAAUUGGCGGCGAACAACUGGUAGGAUGGCAAGGAUGCUUAAUAUCCAGAAACAGAGAUAACGGAGAACCUUCUACUGUAAUAGACGUAGCAAAGAAGAGAGAGAGAGUAGAGGGCAGUGGCACUAGGAGGCUGAUACCUGCAUAUACACUACUAAGGAACCAGAUAGUGUUGCACACCGCUUCAGUGGCAAACUCAGAUUUCUAUGUAAGCGUAAAGAACAUAUUCAAUCCUCCGCUUGCGCCAAAUACAGGAGCCAGGCUAGAUUAUGUCGAUCAACAGCUGGGGACCAAUUUGUUGGUCGCAGCUGCGAGGGAUUCUGCGAACAGGAGCUGGGGUGGUUUUGAUAUAGUACACUUAAUUCAAUUCGGGGAAUCUGGCACGUCAGCUAUGUUGCAAGUGGCGAGGAAUGGGCUCAAACAACCAACGCAGUUAUUCUGGUUGAAAGAAGGGCACGGUGUAUACCACGGAAGAAACGUAGUCGGGAAUGCCAACGUGGUGAAUUGCAUUCCGAACUUCAAAUCAGUUUUCGUCGCGAAUAGCGUUCAGGCUGAAAUGUGUAUCGAAAUAAGGCAAGAGACGGAGUCAGGUUCGGGGUGUUUCGGAUCAUCAGCGGAGUCAGGGACAUACAGGAGAUAUUGUAUUGACUCCCCUACCAAUGGGUUGGACGAUAUAGGUGGAGGCUUGCAGAAAUGGGAUGCAGAGAUCGGAAGAACAGACGAGAUAGCAGCAUACGGAUCAUUCUCGGCGCACGAAAGUAUGAUGGGUGAAAUAUUACUCAUUUUAGGCUCGGACCCAUAG